CAGGAAACAGGAGCUGGAAGAACGAACGAGUACAGAGGCUAUUCCAGGCUACAGAAGGAAGGCGGAGGCGGAAGGGGACCAUUUUAAAUCAUUUUUUUUCUCCUCUGGCAAUACUGAGAUCGCCCUUUCCCCUUUAUUUUUGGCCAUGGGGAGGUGUGGCAAAGCUGCCUUAGGCCACAAAAGGUGAAGCCACCACGUGGGAUGCGUUAUGAUGUUGCCAAUCUGACGGCGGCACAUUUUGUGGUGUGAGACUGGGGGAGGGGAAAAGGAGAGGACCGCUGGAAAUCGAGGAGGGAUAAGAGCCCGAGGAAGAAACAGCAAUAGAGGAAGAAAAGCAGACCCCCCCCCUCCUGCGCACCCAUCUCCUGCAAGCACCUCCCCAAAACAGCCACUUCCACGAUGUACAGCUGCUAAUGAUGGAUUUUCUUUGUCAAGCAAACUGGGAAGUGAUCUGGAUUUGGCCAUGCAUUGAUAUUUCCUGCUAAAUGCCCACUCCUUCCAGACUAUGUCAUGGACUCCAUGUUUGAGGAUGAUAUCAGCAUCCUUACCCAAGAUGCCUUGGUGCAGGAUGAUGAAUGGUUGGAUAGUCCGAACACUGACCUCUCCAGUGAGAUGUGUUCUGCCUCUCACUUUGCUUUCAUCACGGCAUAUGAUGAUAUCAAGAAUCGCUUGACAGGGUUAGAGCGGGAGAACACUAACCUCAAACGGAAACUAAAGAUGUAUGAGAUCAAGUUUCCAUUGAUCAGUGACUUUGGAGAAGAACAUAUGUUCUCAGCUUAUGAAUCCAAGGAGACUUCUCUUCUGAAGAGCGAGAAAGUCAACCUUCAGCAGCAGUUGAAUCAGUUCCAGCGUGAGCUGCAGAAAAGCAAGGAAAGGGAAGAACAGUUGGAGGAGAUGAUCCAAGCCUAUGAGAAGCUAUGUGUGGAGAAAACAGACCUUGAGUCAGAACUGGGCCAAAUGAGAGCACUUGUUGAUACACAUUUGAAUUGCAUUCGGAGCCUGGAACAGCAGUUAAGGCAAAGAGAUGGCAACACUUUCCAAAAACUCAGCUCUCAACUUCAAAAUCAAGAAGUUCCGUUCCGAUCACUUCAUGGUACUCAUGUACUGGAUCGCUCAAUAAACUGGCCGAGUCCACGGAGCCUGGAACAGGCAGAAGCCUUGGAGGUUCAAAGGCUGGAAGUGGAGCUUGAAAAGUCAAGGCAGGAAGUCCAGAACUGUCAGCACCGGGAAGAACAAUUGAAGGCUGAAUGUGAAAAGUUGCAGGCAGAGGUGAAGCAACUGCAGGAGACCAGGGCUCAGGAUCUCGCAGCUAGUCAGUCGCAAAGGGACAUGGCAUGGGUGAAGAAGGUUGGAGAUGACCAGCUUUGCCUAUUUUUGUCUUUUGUUAGAGUAAACCUAGCCUUGGCCUACACAGAACUGACUGAAGAGCUAUGCCGCCUGAGAAACCUGACUUCUCUUCAAAGUCAGAUUCUCCGGACUCUUAUGCAGGAGCAGGUCCUGAAUGGUCAGCGGCAUUCUCCCCAUUCCCAGCGCCAUUCUCCUGCCCAGCAACGUGGCUCUCCAGCUCCUCAGUGCCCAUCUCCAGCUCAACAAGGGAGACCUUCUGCUCCUCAAAGCCAAUCUCCAGCCCUACAAAGGCGUUCCCCAGGCCCACCUGGUCAGUCCCCUGCACAUCAACGUCAUUCCCCAGCUCCCCCUCCUUGCCAGUCUCCUGUUAGCCAGCGUCGUUCACCAGCUCCACCACCCAGCCAGUCUCCUGCCCAGCAGCGCUGCUCACCAGUCCAAAACUGUUCAUCGCCUGCCAUGACUUCACAACAUAGAUCUCCAGGGGCUGACAGAAACAUUAUGGAUCUAGGGUAUUCUAAGCCAACCAGUCACCACAUCAAAGCAAGCUUCCAAGGCCGUCGAAGCUAUUCGGAGGUGAGCGACGCUGCUCUGUAUCAACAGAACCGUUCUCUCUGGCUGCAGCCAGAAAUAUCCACCUUACCAAAGCAUCGUCCCUACUGCGAGGUUUAUGGCAGAGACACCUUCGAAGAGCACUUGCGCUUUGAGAAGCAGUCCUCGGAUGAAGACGACUGGGCCCUCCCAAGUCCCCCCAGCCCUGAAGUAGGGGGUAUCCGCUGCGCCUCCUUCUGUGCAGGGUUCCCCAUUCCCGACACCUCCAUGCACCGGAUUGAUGCAUCGUAUUCUAGGGCUGAGCAUGCUCAGUCUUGGCCCUCAAUCAAUUUGCUGAUGGAAACAGUCGAUUCUGACAUCCGAAGCUGUCCUCUCUGCCAGGUGGCCUUUCCCAUCGGUUAUCCAGAUGAUGCUUUGAUAAAACACAUUGAUUCACACCUGGAGAACAGUAAGAUCUGAGGUCUGUUCCACCAUCCUUCCUCUUCUGGCUUCCUUAAAGAGAUUGCCCACCUCAUAUCCACUGCACCUUUCUUGGAUGCUGCAUGAAAAGUGGAGGCACCACAAGGGGCUUUUUCUCUCUAAAAUACCUCCAAGUUUCCAUUAGAUUGAAGCGUGAACAUUUUUGCCUCUCCCUUGUCUUCUUUGCCUUGGUUUUUAAAGUGGGUUGCCUCUCCUUUUACUGCUCUUUAUGGGCAGUACCUGCAAUAUUUCUCCAGUGCUUCAACCAGCCACAAAGGUGGGGAAAGGAGUGAGAAAUAUGCUGGAAUUAGGCUUAGCAGGGCACAGUCACCUUCACUAUCUGAUUGCUCAGAACUAAGGUUGCUUCUGGUGAUGGUGAGACUCUAUCUACAUGGUUUAGUUUUGAUGUCUCUGAAAGAUUUCAGGGUAGGAUGGGUAAAAAAUAACCCAAGUUUGUGUGUUUGGGGAUGGGGUAGGAGAACAGAUUAAUGAACUCCAACCCACUGAAGGCACAACAAAUCACAGAGGUUUUGUUUGUGCCUGUUUUACACAGGGAUAUCCAAGUGGGUCAGAUUUCUCUGCCUCUUAUGCUACUACAAAGGGUAUUUGGAGGUUGGUUGUUUAACAAAUGUAAAAAGCCUUGGCCUCCAGUUGCUGGUUCAAGUGUCUUUGUGUUGGUCUUUUACAUUAAAAGUCCACUUUUAGCAAUGCUGCUGAGAAAUAGAGCCACUUCCAAAAGUGUAGCAUGGACGUUCUUAUGUUAUUGCACUGAAUAAUAAGCUUUUUUUUCCACAAAAGAAACUCCUCUUUUUGUCUGUGUUGGCUUCUUGUGAGUCGUUCUGGAGGACUUGUAAACUGCACACUUAGGUAGAAGUCCAGAAAGCAUUCCCAUAUUUUGGCGACUGUUUACACAUUUUUCACAACCACUUCACAUCUUGCUUUAGAUAUCUCUUAUAUAAAUAACUGUAGCUGCACAUUUUGCCUCAUUACUCUCUUGCAAUGGCAGCAUGUUAACAUUAUUGGGAUAACAGUGUAAAUUUAAACAACUUCCCAUAUUUGACAGCACUAUAUUUCUCUCUCUCUCUCUCUCUCUCUCUCUCUCUCUCUCUCUCUCUCUCUCUCUCUCUCUCUCUCUCUCUCUCUCCUUACUGAACAUAUAUUUUAUUAUACUAAUCUAAGAUAAGGAUCAUGUACUGAUUGGUUCCACAUGUAUAGUACCUCUGUAUUGUGAGGUUGGUCUCCUUGAAACAGCCUAUCUGUACAUCGGCCUUUACUUUUAAAAAAAAGUGGAGAGGGGGAGAAGAAUUGCAUGGAUUUUCUUUUCCUUCUUCUUGAGGCAACUGUCUUCCUAUCUCCAGGUUCUAUUAACAAAUGUAUAUUUCAGAUUUACAGCCUGCCUUAUCCCAAGAUCUCAGACUGCCAGUGGGCAGUAGGCAUGGGCCCUUAUCUUUUUGGCCAUAUAAAACUAGUUGGGAUCAGUGUUUCUAAAACUUAAAACAACCUCCCCCAGCCAGAUACCUCCAUCUGUGCUGAAUUUCAUUCUGAUCCUCCUAAUGUCCAUGAUGCUGAGGAAUGAUUAAUCCAGUGCAUCUGGGGGAGGCACUGGGUUAAGGGAGACCAAUAAUAAUUUAACAUUUUUUUCUUCCCAUCUUUGUCUGGUCAAGAUUGCAAAUCACCACAUUCCCCUGUCCCCUGUCUUUAAUCAGAUUUUAAUUCUCUGUUCUAUAUAUGUCAAUAUUAUGCCCAUACUUUAUUUAAAUUAUUCCAAUGCUGAGGGAGAAACUAAACAGCAGGAGAAUCAGGUCUUCAAACCUUCCCUGCUGUGAAACCACUGUCAGGGAUUACAUAAAAAAAAAAAUAGCUGGCAGCAGAAAAGGUGCUGAACUCCUGCGAACUUCAGUUACCAUGAUUGGUCGGGUAUUUUUAAUCUAACCUGUUUUUUCAAUCUCAGAGGCCAUAGAAAUACAACUGUGAGGUGGAACAUACCUUUCUAGAAACAAAAAUAGGCCACAUACUAUACAAAAAAUCAAAUGGAUUCAGCAUUUAUAUAUACAUGGAGCGAAGCUUCCAAUACUUACAUUAUGUUCAAAUUAAUUUGGUUCAAGAUCCAAAUUGCAAAAAAAUAAUUUGGAAAGGACUUUGCAUAUAGAAAAAGAAACCUCUUUACAUGUCUGGUAGCAGAAAUCUAAAGCAGAGGUCAUCAACCUUUUCAUGCUGGCGGCCUGGAGGGAAAGGGAGCAGCUGGGAAGUCUGUGUGUGUGAGCACGUGCGCGUGCAAACAGGACUGCACAUGAACAGGGCCACGCACACCCACAUGGCACUAGCAGCCCAUCUGGUCCUAUCUCUGAACAAUAAAAAAUAAUUCCACUCCUUCUUUUAAGAAACAACCCUUUGGAUAUCUGAGCUGCUAUGAUAUCUCUUUCACAGGGUAAAUUGAUGAAUAUAUCCAAUCUUUUAAUGAUUGCUCAAAGAGCUUCUUGAGAUGCCAUGGAGAAAAUUCAUCCUCCAUUGAAAAACCUUUUAAAUCCAGUAUUGUAUGGUGUGACAGAACUAGUGGUGGGAUUCAGAUAUGUGAACAACUGGUUCUCUGUGUUCUGGAAGUGCAUUCUGGGUCUGGACAACAAAAAAUUAGCUACCAGUUCUGCGGAAGUGGUAUGAACCAGCUGAAUCCCACCACUGGGUAGAACUCAUAGAUGGAAGUUAUAGAUUUAUAUUCCUGGAGACUUACAUAGGAGAACAUCCAGUUGUGUCCACUUUGUCUCUGUCCCAGCUUGCCACCCUUUAAUGAGGACCGAUAUCAGCCUUGAAGCUUUAAUUAUCCUUCACGAUAGGCCUGUUUCUGCUGAAGCCUAUCUUGGUUGCAUACAUUUUAUAACAAAUGGUUGCUAUACCUGUCAUAGCUGCCAUCCAUAAUUAUCCACUUUAAAUUUUUCUUGGUGUGCUGUAGCUCAGUUCAAGAGUUGAAUAGUUUUCCUAAAUCUCUGCAAAAGUUACAAGAAAAUGGAAGAAGGCCUCCUGAGGAAGGCAGUCAGAGCUUGAACCCAUGUUUAUAUCAUCAAAUGAAGCAAUUUAAAGAGGCCUUUCAUUGGCAAUGAUAUUCUCUAUCAUUUAACUCCUGAAAUUAUCAAUAGAAAAUUUUAAUCUACAUAAGUCACAUGAUUUCUACAACUAUUUUUGGUUUUCUUUAAAUAGGAAAAGAGCCACGUAAGUGGUACACAUUUGAAAAUGUAUCUUGCAACUUUUCACCUCUCUUCUAUUUUGUUACAUGAAAUCUACCUCGAUGUUUAUGAGAAACAGGAAUGAUUACAAGCAAAAAAAAAAAUAAUCAACCAAUCAACUAACUAUCCAAGAAUGGGGGAGGGUAGGCCUUGAAUUAUGGGAAUGUUUUUAUAAUUUAUUUUUUAAAAAGUCUAUAAUCUACUAAGGGCUCAAAUAGCACUCAGAUUGUUCCCCUUGCUCUGAAGCUUCAUAAUGUUUUUUUAAAGAUCUCAAGGAGCAAUCAGCAAUGUUAGGGAUGCACAAGAGCCAUGAAAUGGAGGUGUAAAAAUAGUUUCCACAAGGGUUCUUCACACUUGUUUCAGCUGGUAUAAAAUGGUGGUUAUGCAAUUGACCUGUAAUACACAAAGUCCCUAGUUUAAAUUUUAUAUUUGUCACAAUGACAAUAUAUUGCUUAGACAAGCUCAAUGAAUAACCAUUCUCUUGGCGAUAUUUCUCCUAAAUCCCUUGGAAAAAAAAGUCUCACCACUGUAAUCAUGGGAUUGAGAGAAUAUUCCUUCUAUGUUUGGCAAAAUUAAUACUUUUUCAGUGUAUACAUCUAACAUGAAAUCUAUGGAAUUUACAAUAAGUUAGAUUUUACAUAUAAUUUUAAAUUAGUCAGGACGUGGUUUCCACAUAUCCAUAGUUGUACAUUCUGAGUAUUUUAUUCUGAUAUAUUGAACAAAUUACUGAUUCUGUUCUGAUGUCAGCUGGAAGUUAAAACUAUUGUACGGUAACUGUUAGGUUGAUUGAUGGCUAUUGUCUGUAAUACUUAAGUGAAAUGUUUUAAAGGCAAGAUUCUGCUAAAUACCAAUUUUUGGUAUUUACAAGAAGCUAUUGUCAUGACAAAAUUAUUGUCAUAAUUUUUUCCCCAAACUUCAGAUGAUCCACUCAAUUAAGAGAGUGCUGGAUAAAUAUAAUUUUUAUUCUGAAGAAGUAGGCCAGCUCACAUAUUCCUAAACUAAUGUCACGAAACACCAAUAAAUUAAUACAAUGCUAAGUUUAUAUCUCAUAUUAUAGUGUGGUUUGCUUUUGAGUAAGAGCAAUAUGAACCUGCCAAUUGUGGCUUAGUAUUAUGUAUGAGCUAGGCUAUAUCUUAUUCAACAAGUCGUCAUAAAAAUAUCUUGGUUUGGCAUAAUAGGCGAAUUCAGCCAUGAAGUUAAUCCUUAACUUUCUUAUUGUCAAUCAGCAUGGUAAGUAUCAGAUAGCUUAUUUCACUUUCUCAAAAUGCAUGUUUAAAAUAUUUUUCUUUAUGUUCCCUGCUGAUCUUUUUUUUUAAUUAACUAUCAGAGGAUUUUCACAAACAUUAAUGUAGACUCCAUUCCAAUGUAUUUUCAAAAGUUCAGAAUAUCCAACAUUUGCCAUUUUUACUUGUGCUUAUGUAACAAUUAAAGAUAGAAAGGUAUAUUAAGAAUUUGUGUUGUGCUCUUGUAAGCAAUUAUAAUUUUUCAUUGGAACUUGUCUUCUAAGUAGUAUUUUUUUCUUAGCUAUUUAAUAUUGGUUUCAAUUAUUUGUAAGCCAAAUUGUCUUACUUUCAGGAGGAAAAUGCUCCUGAAGAUAAUACUCAUGCUGAUGAAUUUAAAGAGUUGUCAAGUUUAAUAUAAAGAAUGCAUCUAUUGGGAGCAGGAAUGGAAUUGUUUAAAUUAGUGCAAAUGAAAACCCACUACUAUUGGUCAUAUAAUUAAAAGAUUAACGUAUUCUGAAAAUUCUUUAAAUUCACUCAAUUUCAUGAAAGUCUCUUUGUAGUUUUGCAAAGAGUUUCAUAAAAAUUCAUGGGAAGAUAUUCGGGACACUUUGAAAAUAGAAAGGUUUUUUUUUAGUUAUUCAUUUUUCAGAAACUAACCCUCUUCUCUUAAUCUAAAUAUAAAGAAGCAAGGGGGGACCUAUUCUUAGCACUUUGAGUAAAAUAUUUGGGAGAGAGAUGAUCUAUCUGUGUUGUCCUUUUCUUUCUGUACUCUGUGAAACAGAAUAAUUCAAAUAAAAGUUGCCAACUAAUAGA